AGCCUCAAUACGAUUUACAGAAUUUACAAAACGUUUGAAGAUAAGGAAUACUUUCUUCAAAGCGUCUAACGUACAGAAAUAUAAAACACAAAACCAGCUGGUAGAGAGGAAAAUAUGAGUUCCUCAAUUCUAAAAAGAAGUUUAGAGCUAUUCAACGAAGAAGACGACGUAGGAAGAGGUAAUCAAAAAAAGAAGACAAAAGCUUCAAGUACGGGGAAAAUAGAUACUGAGAAAGGAAGGUACAAGAAAAAGACAAACCCUAAAAAGAAAAGACAUAACAAAGAUGUAAACAGACAGACUGAAGAUAGAACAGAAAAAAGCAUAGAGUUUUUACAAAAGUUAUCAAAGUUCAACAAAACAGAUAGCCAAACAACUAAAACAAUUUUGAAGUACAACAAAGGAAGAUUAUCCAAAAAUGAUGAAAAGAUGGAACCUGUAGAUAACUCAACUGUAUUUUCUAACACAGACUUUGACAAAUUUGAAGAUGAAUAUGAUUUUUUCUCAUGAUGCUAAUAAAAAUAAUUAAAAAAAUCAGAAAAUGUUUUAAUGGUUCA